UUUCUUCUCGAGAAACUCUUUUUAAUUUGUUUGUUGCAUCCUCACUUCCUUGUGAUACAUUGUCACGCUUGAAAAAUAAUCUGAGCAAGAAAGAGAAAGAUUCUGGAUAAUGAGGUUAUGGGUGUUGCAACUCGACUGGACCAUCAUGGCAUGCGUACCGGUGCCUCAUCACUGCCACUCUGGAUACUGCACCGUCUCCCCCGAAGCAUGCAUGAAUGACUGGACACUUAUGCAUCGGGAACCCAACCGCCUCCGCCGUCAGUCAACAAAAGUCACAUCACUCCCACCUCAUGGUGACGGCCAUUUUCCUCGACAACCACGAGAUCGAGUGAAGGUGACAGCUUACGCUGGGCAAGAUUGUGAUUUCCCCCAUCACCGCUCGCCAUCGCGUUUCUGUCUUCUCUCCGUCGACACUAUCGACAGCAUCUAGCACAUCAAGGAUUCACACUCAAGCAAAAGAGCAUGAUGAAAAGAGCUGACUGUUUUGUAUUUUGAUGCCGUCUUGUUGCUUUGCACACCGAUUCGUUACGAAAAGCUCGCCAAACGGGAGAACAAAGACUAUUACUGGUACAGAAGAGAGAAGGAAAACAGCCCAUGCCUCAAUGUUCGUAUA